GGUCCACUGUAAUUUUUACUUACCAUCCUACAUGUUAAUAAGGUCAAAAAGACCUAGAUGAAGGUAAAAUAUAAGGAUAAUCUUGAUCCAAAACUUUUGUAGCUCACAAAAAGUUUUUAAUGGUCAUUCAUUACUAUUUCCAGUGAUGUGGUCCACUUGAUUUUUGAAUCUGCUUAAUUUUCUGGAAAACGUUCUAAAAUGAACUGGAAAAACGGAUGGACGGAGUGGAUAUAUAAGAUAUUCAUCAAGGUGGGCCCCACACGGAGUGGGUGUUACCCUAGGACCCUAUAAUUCAUCAAAGAGGAAAAGAAAAAAACUGCCUCUUUGUGUAGGCAUGGCAAUGGCGGCCCUCUGAGCAACAACAUCUUCAAAGUGUACGGUAAGGGCAUUUUGGUCAAUAUUCACGUUCAGAUUGCUCGCACUUCCUUUCUCAUACAUAGGUUGGUAGGACAAUCCUAUCCAUCUGGCACAAAAUAUAUGUUUUCUUUUUACGAUUUUACCCCUCUUUUCUCCACCCUCUAGAAAUCCAGAAGAAUCAUGAAAAUCAAUCCCUUUUCCCAACAUAUUCCAAUCCAAUCUUGCUAGAUUCGAAAUGGGUUUUUUCCAAUCUCUCAGUCGACUGCUGAAAACAGUCGAAAAAGCUAAGAUUUCCAUCGAGAAACCCAUGAAAGUCACCCCCAAGUUCACCCCCUUUCAAUCUCUCAUUCCAAGCUUUGAAUUGGGUUUUUCCAGCUCUUUCCAUCAAUUAGAAAAAACCCAAUCAUGCCCCGAAAAGGCCGGUCAAAAGCCAAUCUUUAUUGCCAAACAGGUCCGUCAUCGCCGGGACCCAUCUCUUCUUAUCGGAUUCAGAUUGGGUUUUUGCAGCUCGAUCCAUAGUUCCCGUAGAACCCAUAUUUGCAUUGAAACCACAGAUGAGAACCCAAUCCACAAUUGUCAGAAAAUAUCAGAAGAUGCAGAAAAGAUAUGCCAAACGCUCUUGAACAGGGCUAAUUCCAAUAUCGAAUAUUCUCUCGACAGUUUGGGCAUUCGGGUCUCGCCGGAACUUGUCGAGGAAGUCCUCAAGAAGCUCAGCAAUGCCGGAGUUCUUGCCCUUUCUUUCUUCCGGUGGGCCGAGAAGCAAGAAGGAUUCAAGCAUUCUACUGAAAGCUUUCAUGCUCUGAUUGAAGCUCUGGGCAAGAUCAAACAGUUCAGAUUGAUAUGGAAUUUGGUCGAUGCUAUGAAAGUGAAAGGUUUGCUGACAAGAGAGACAUUUGGGUUAAUUACUAGGAGGUAUGCGCGGGCCCGGAAGAUCAAGGAAGGGAUUGAAGCUUUUGAACAGAUGGAGAAGUACGGACUGAAACCAGAGUUAUCAGAUUUUAAUCGGUUGAUAGAUACGAUUAGCAAGUCCAAACAUGUCAAGAGAGCUCAAGAGAUUUUUGACAGUAUGAAAAAGGGAAGGUUUUUGCCGGAUCUCAAGACGUAUACGAUUCUCUUGGAAGGGUGGGGACACGAUCGGAAUUUGCUGAGGCUGAAGGAGGUUUAUCAGGAAAUGAGGGAUGAAGGGUUCGAAGCUGAUGCUGUGACAUUCGGGAUUCUUAUUAAUGCUUACUGUAAGGCCCGGCGAUAUGAUGAAGCAGUGGAGAUUUUCAAUGAGAUGGUAUCGAAGAAUCGUACACCGACCCCACAUAUAUACUGUACUCUGAUCAAUGGGUUAGGUUCCGACAAGAGAUUAAAUGAGGCAUUGAAGUUUUUUGAGUUGUCUAAAUCCAGCGGAUUUGCACCGGAGAUACCCACUUACAAUGCGGUUGUCGGGUCUUACUGUUGGGCAAUGCAGUUUGAUGAUGCUUAUAGAGUAGUGGAUGAGAUGAAGAGAUGUGGGGUCGGUCCGAAUUCGCGGACCUACGACAUCAUCAUCCAUCACCUGAUAAAGGCACAGAGAAGAAACGAGGCAUAUUCGCUUUUUCAGAAGAUGGGCAAUGAGAUCAUUUGCGAGCCUGAUUUGAAUACGUAUACAAUGAUGAUAAGCAUGUUUUGUGUCGAAGCGCGGGUAGACAUGGCUCUGAGGGUGUGGAAGCAAAUGAAUGGUAAGGGAGUGAUUCCUUGCAUGCAUAUGUUUUCGGCUCUGAUUAACGGUUUGUGUGAUGAGAAUAGGUUAGAUGAGGCGUGCAAGUACUUUCAGGAGAUGCUGGAUAUGGGUAUUAGGCCGCCGGGCCAGCUGUAUGGGAAUUUGAAAGAAGUUCUUCUUGAUGGGGGGAAGAAAGAUUUGGCAGUGAGCUUUGGUGAGAAGCUGGAUAGAUUGAGGAAAACGCCAUUGGAUGAAUGAAUGAAAUGCAGAUAUCGAUGGGGUGAUGGAUCACGGCCAAUGGCUUGUGGUGGUAUGUUGGUUUCUGUUUUUUAGAUCGACGAUGGAGGAAUUGAGCAGAACGGAAUCAUGCAAGUGCAGUGAGUUUUUGCUGAGAAGCUAGAUAGGUUGAGGGAAAUGCCAUUCGAUGGGUGACAAAUGCAAACAACAGAUGGGUUGAUGGUGAUUUUGGCUAAUGGCUUUGCAGUUGUAUGUUUGUUUCUAUCUUUUGUAAUCGAUGAGGGAGGAAUUGAGCAGAAUGGAAUGAUGGAAGUGUAGCCUCUCAUACCUUUGCAAAUGUACUUUCGUUUGAACUCUAAUAUUAUGGAAAGAGAACUGAGAUUUUGAAGCC